UUGAUUCAUGACUGAAACGAGUGCUCAUUGCUUAUUAUAAAACAACAGUUUGCUGCCAGCCAUUUUGAUUAGUAAUAUGGCGUCAGCCGACAUUAAUAUGGCGUCUUCGGACAUAAUAGCUGAAGUUGAAAUCCAGCCAGACAUUCAAGAAGUUGAGAUCGAGACAAUUCCAGUAGAAAUUCCGUGUGAGACCGUGGAAACAACAAUUGAAGGUACUGAUGGGCAACCGAUGAUAGCCCUCCAGCCACUUCCAGAGACUGUUCGUGAAGAAAUCAUACUACAGACUCAGGAAGAAAUUGUUGGUGGUGAUCCUCUCAGCGUUUAUGACCAAAUACCUGUUCCAGAGAACGAUAUAUAUGUUGAGUCAAGUCCAGGUCCAUCAAAAAAGGUUUCUAAAAAACCCAGAAAAACAGGCAACGCCAGAUUUCGAGCUCCUGAUCACGCUAUUUUCGGCGAUAUGGCAUCUGAAACAAAAACAAGAAAAUGGGAACAGAAACAAGUUCAAAUCAAGACACUAGAAGGUGAAUUCUCGGUAACGAUGUGGGCAUCCGGUACGGACGACGAUGAAGGAUCCAAUCCCGAACCUGAUCCAGACUAUACAGAAUACAUGUCGGGAAAGAAUACAAGCAAGUACAAUCACUCAGGAAGUUCAGUCUCCGAUGGGAUGCCAGGCCUUGAUCUCUCAGAUCCGAAACAAUUGGCCGAAUUUGCACGCCCUGGUCAUAAAUUAAAAAUUCGCAAGCAACAAAUGAUGGAUGGUGUAGAACGCACGAUUGCUUGCCCACACAAAGGGUGCACAAAAAUGUUCCGAGAUAAUAGUGCGAUGCGUAAACAUUUACAUACGCACGGACCGCGAGUGCAUGUAUGUGCUGAAUGUGGAAAGGCCUUUGUCGAGAGUUCUAAACUUAAAAGGCAUCAGUUAGUUCAUACAGGAGAAAAACCUUUUCAAUGCACAUUUGAAGGAUGUGGCAAAAGGUUCAGUUUAGACUUUAAUCUCCGUACGCAUGUAAGAAUACAUACUGGGGAUAGGCCGUACGUUUGUCCAUUCGAUGGAUGUAGUAAAAAAUUCGCCCAGUCUACCAACUUAAAAUCGCAUAUAUUGACUCACGCAAAAGCCAAAUCGCGUAAUGCUAUUGGAAGACAAGUGCAGCAGAUUCAGCUUCAACAACCACAGUUCGUCCAAGUCGAGGUAGCUGAUGUUGAUAAUCAGCAAUUUAUCGUUUAUGCCGAUUAGCCUUUUUAUUCAUGGAUGCAUUUUUUAUAAUUCACCAUAACUGCUAAAAUAUUCCCAACCUAUUGUACAUAUUUGCAAGGAAACGGUUAUGGCAGAAAGAGCACUAUACGAUUAAUAGCAUAUUUAAUUGGGCCAUAACUGUGUGUCUAGAGACAAGAUUAACAAUAACGUAUUCAAGAACAAAAAUAUUUACGAAAAUAAACUCAGAAUAUGCGACAAAGUAAUGUGUACUCUUUUCUGAAAAUACGCAAAUUUGCGCAUCGCUCAAAUUUCUGUGUAAAAGUUGUCAUUUAGCAAGGUAUGCGCUUUUACGUGCUUUAUUUUAAAAGAAAACUGUAUAUAUUUGCACGCAAAAUCAAAUAAUGUAUACAAAAUAUUUUGAAAAUUUUCCGACACGAAUAAAGCGCGAUUUAAU